AUGCGAUCUCUGCAAUUGUACCUCGACAAGGUUCGCCACGCCGUCGACUCUGAGAAUGGGAAACAACUUGCAGCUUUAUACUCUAUCAAUCAACAGCAUGUACGCAGCUUAACGGACCAGAAUCUACAGAUCGAUCGAAUAGACACUACUUGCAGGUACAAAAUGAUGUCCCCGUGGGAUGAAAUGACGGCAUGUCAUAUCAAGACAAUCGUGCACUUGGAUCGUCGCCACUAUGGUUUAGCUUUCGAGACGCAAAAAGAACUCGUACAGCUUUUUCAACGAGCCAUGCCCAAUUUGACGCGUUGGUGUUUACCUGUUCUAUAUACUAUCAAUAACGACUUGCGUGUGAUUGCAACUCAGGCGGAUACGGAGACUGCUGCAGCAAUGAGUGAUCAAGAGACGUCUCAAAGGAAAAAGUUGGAGGAGGCAGCCAAUGUCAUUAGCAAGUCUUUCACAUAUUGUGUCACUGACAGAAAUUCUAUAUCACAAUCCAAAAAGUUUGGCACGUAUUGCAUGAUUGGAAUUCUUUUCAGGAUUUAUUUCAAGUUGAAACAACAAAACCUCUGCAAGAACAUUUUGCGUGCAGUGAAGGUUGCUGGUAUGCCGGAUAUCGAUGAAUUCCCAAAGGCUGACAGGGUGACUUUCCGAUACUACUUGGGACGAUUGUAUUUCUUGGAGGAAGAGUAUGGCAAGGCUGAACAUGAAUUAGAGCUUGCUUUCAGAGAAUGCACCAACGCUAAUCAAAAGAACAAGGAAGUGAUCCUCAAGUUUUUAUUGCCUAUUCGUCUCAUGCGUGGUAAAAUGCCAAGCCGGUUGCUAUUCGAGCGCUAUCCAAAGAGUCGUCACCUCUAUUCACAUUUGGUGCAAAGCAUCAAGGCUGGUAACAUCCGCAGCUUUGACAUGCGUCUUGACAAGGUUGGUCCAACGCUCAUCCGCCAAGGUACAUACUUUGCUGUUGAAAAGGCUCGAAGUCUUGCUAUCAGGCAGCUCUUCCGGAAAGUCUAUCUUAUCAUGGACAAAAGCACUCGUAUCCCGAUCUCUACUUUCAAGACUGCAUUGGAGGCCGUAAACAUCGACGUUGACUUGGAAGAGACGGAAUGGAUGUUGGCGAAUAUGAUUUUCAAGGGAUAUAUGAAAGGAUACUUGUCACAUGAAAAGCUGUUUGCUGUAUUGAGUAAAGCAGACCCAUUUCCAAAGGUGUCGACCAUCGCUGCUCAUCAAUAA